AUGAGGAAUUACACUCCAGUAACCGAGUUCCUCCUGAUGGGAAUCCCUCACACACAAGGGCUGGAAAAUGUGCUCUUUGUCUUAUUUCUGGCCUUCUACCUGCUCACUCUUCUGGGAAACCUUCUUAUUCUUCUGGCCAUCCUCACUUCCUCUAACCUCCACACACCCAUGUAUUUUUUCCUGGGAAACCUGUCAGUGUUUGACAUUUUGUUCCCCUCAGUGAGUUCCCCCAAAAUGAUGCUUUGCCUCAUGGGGCAAAGCCGGACCAUCUCUUACCAGGGCUGUGCUUCCCAGCUCUUCUUUUACCACUUCUUGGGAUGCACUGAAUGUUUCCUGUACACUGUGAUGGCCUACGACCGCUUUGCGGCCAUCUGUCACCCCUUGCAAUACACGCUCAUCAUGAACCCCCGAGUGUGUGCCACCAUGACCCUGGGCACCUGGAUGGGGAGCUGUCUGCAUGCCUCUGUCCUCACCUUCCUCAUCUUUAAGUUACCCUACUGUGGCCCGAACGAGGUGGACAAUUUCUUCUGUGAUAUCCCAGUGGUGCUGCCCUUGGCUUGUGCAGACACCUCGCUAGCUCACAUGACACCUAAUAGUAGAAACACCAAAAGUCAACUGCAGGAGAAAAUGUGA